UUUGUUGAAAAUUGAUGUUGUUUUUUCCUUGAUUUGUUUUCCUUUUUCACAAACUUAGGAAUUUGGAACCUACCUGGGCGCGUUGAAAUGUGUCCGUCCGGAUUGUCCCGAGGGUCGGAUGGUUCCGGAGAACCCGCUGAAAAUUUCCUCCCCUUGGCAGUGUGACCGGUGCAGACUGCGCAUGGACAACGCCAAGGUAACGAAGAUUCAGGAAAUCGCCGGCAGCAUGAUCCUGAGCAAUGCGGUCAAACGGGACGGCGCCUACAUUGUGGAGUACCUGCGGGACCACGUGUCCCGAUUUUUGCUGCCGGGCAACCAGUUUGCGGUGGAGCUGAAACUGCAAGCGAUCCGGAAGUUCCAGAACGCUCUGGCCACCGACGAGCAGCUGGGCGAAAAGAGGAGGUUCUGUGAGGACAUCCUGGCUAUCCUUCGGCAGCUGGACAUCGGCGAGUGCUUCAUCAAGGGGGUGCUGUGCUACGAGCUGUUCAAGGUGCGGAUGGUUUUAGCGCAGCGAACCGAGCAGUUAGAAUGUUUCCCUGAUCGAACUGCCCUGGACAAUCUUCGGACGGCCUGGAUAAUUUUGGGCUAUAGCGCAAAUCGACCACGGGAUUUGGACCAACUGGCCCAGUGUUAUGGCUGUAACAAACUUUGAAGACAUCCGAUGGACUCUAAAUAGACUAAGUUAGAUAAGCUUACAGAAUGGAAAUAUAUAACGAAUACCUAGUUAGUUAAUCAAUUACGCAAAUAGUCAACGGAAUAAUGUCUGCUAAACAUAAAUCUAAUUUUGGGGGAAUGCAUUAAAAAAAUUACGGAUAUGCUUCCAUUUUAAAGAUUUUUUAAAAACAUUGACAGAAAAAACACAACAAAAUUUAGUUUCUUCAAAUGAAAUACUUAACACAUAUCUUUCAGAAAGAA